UAUACAUGUAUAUACACUUUGAAUUACGAAGAUCGAUAUAGAGAAGAAGAAAAUGGCAGAUUUACUUGACGAGCACGGCAACCCUAUCCUCCUGACCGACGAACAGGGCAACCCAGUUCGUUUGACAGACGAGCACGGCAAUCCUAUGCACCUCACCGGCGUCGCAAUGACACGCGCCACCGCUGAGGGAGUCGAAGCUGGAACGGGCAAACACUCCACCACAACCGAUCCAUGGACACGCGGAACCACCGAAACCGGCACUGGGACGGGCUAUCAGGCCACCAAAACCGAUACUUCGUGGCCACACGCCGCAACCGGAACCGGCACUGGGACGGGACACCAGGCAACCGAGCCGUGGCCACACAGCACCACUGGAUCCGGCACCGAGGGGGGAUACCAGCCCAUCAAAAGUGAUCCGUGGACCGGCGGCGCCACCGAAACUGGCACUACUGGGACCACAACGGAGCUGUUGCCGGUGAUCGGUGAACAGCAGCGUCUGCGACCCGAGGAGGAGGAGCGGCGCAAGGACGAGACCGGUGCACGCCGUUCCGGCAGCUCAAGUUCGAGCUCGUCGGAGGAUGAUGGAGCCGGAGGAAGAAGGAAGAAGAAGGGAUUAGGGACCAAAAUAAAGGAGAAGCUGAGUGGAAAACACAAGGAGGAUAAGCCAUUAACAAUGGCUGCUGCUACUACUACUACUAGUACUACUACUACACAGCUCCAUACUCAUGAGAAGAAAAGCGUCAUGGAAAAGAUCAAGGAAAAGCUCCCCGGUCAUCAUUCUCAUUCCCAGCAAAAUUAGUAUUAGGCAAAAUGUUUUUCUGGUGUGUGUAAACAUAACAUUCCAUGUUAGUGUCAUCAUCUUAAUUUUUUUUUUUUUUUUGGGUUUUGUAUGUUUUGUUUAUUUGUCGUUUGGAAUGCAUUGUCAAAUUUGUG